GUUUCUAUCCUCGAGCCGCAGCAUCGGCAACACAAAACCCGGCACACCGUUGCAGCAGCAGCAGCAGCAGCAGCAGGAGGAUCAUCAUCGUCGUCGUCGUCGUCGUCGUCGUCGUCGGGAUUCACCGAAGGAGAGAAAACGACGGUCCGUCAGUCGGUUGUAAUCGUGACGUACAUCCGCGGCAAACGCGACGCCGAGGAUUCGAGGAUUCGAGGAUUCGAGGAUUCGUUCGACUCUGUGUUCCGUCAUCCCAGUCGCUCUCAUCAACCCCCGGCUGUCCUGUAAAGGGUGAAACUUCGUAUCCGCAUAAGCGACCCGAGUAAUAAUGAAGCUCCGCUCGAGUCUGUUGGUGAUCAGCGCCGCGGCGCUUAUGGCGAUUGCCGUCGCGACGCCUGUUCAGGAUCAGCCGGAAAACAAUGGACUUUGGGACGACGAUAUGCACGACGAACUUCUCGUUAGAGUUUCACGGGGCGCCAAGGAUCGCGUUUCCGCCGGCACAGCAUCCUGCAGAUACGAGAAAAGCGACUGGUCGGCUUGCGACAUUAAAACGAACACGCGGAGUCGAACUUUGACCCUGAAGAAGGGCGACCCAAAGACGUGCGAGAAGACCAAGAAGCUCGACAAGAAGUGCAAGAAAGGCGUGGCGCUGAGCACAGAGUGUCGCUACGAAAAGGGAACAUGGAGCGAAUGCGUCGAUCAGCAGAUGAACCGGAUAGACAAUCUGAAACCGGACAGCGAUCGUUCGUGCGAAAAAACGCGACGUCGCACAAAGAGAUGCAAGCCGGAAACCAACGCGAAGAAGACUCCGAAAAGCGACCGGUCAAACAAGAAAUCUGGUAAACAGUAAAUUAUCGCCCCCUGCAUAAAAAUCAUCAGCACUCAUCGAUUAUAAUAAUUGUAUAAUAUCGCGUAUGUGUAUACAACGCCGCAUAUCAUCCGAUUAUACGGCAAUUAUAUAAAGAAAUUCUUAAGUUUCGGGGUAUAAAUAAGUCACCCCAAUUCGUUUCAUCGUGACUAAUUUUCUUUGUGUUUCUUUCUUUUCUCUUAUUAUCAUUAAUAUACUUGUUAACUUUUUUCUUUACAACUUUUUUUUAAUCACCAACGUUAAUCAUUCUUCAAUUAAGACUCGCUUAUAUACUGUACGAUAAUAAUGGAACCGAAAAAAACAAAUUGAUGACGUAAUUUCUCUUUAAUGUUAAAUUAUGAUUACUGUUAUUGUACCCGUAUAAAAAAUGUGUAUAUUAUAUACAUAUAAAUAUCCAUCUGUGAAUUUUUACCACACCAUAUAUUACGAAUAAAUAACAUCCACAAAAAUUCUACACCAGUCGUCAAAGUCGACCGCGAGAAUUACCUUUCCAAAAAUUAACUCCUAUCGUUAAUUCAUCGACAUAUAUAAAUAUAUCGACGUACAUAUAUUCGUAUAAUAUACACAUAUUACAUACAUACAUAUAUAUUAUAUAUACACCCGCCUAUCAGACGUCCGAACGUGAAUUAUUCAGCAUUGCGUGCAGAGAUGAGGAAAAACGUGGGUUGUAAUUUUGACGUUGAACUAUGUUGAAAAAUACGCGGUAAAAACGGAUUCUACAAUCGAAAAGGAAAAGAACAAAAGGAAAAAUAAAGAAACGAAAGGUAUAUAAGUGAGUCGUAAUAUGUGACACGUUGUUCUAGGAUAUAUGCUAUAUAUAUAUAAAGAUAUAUAUUUCAAAAAUAUAUACAAUAUAUAUAUAUAU